CCCCUCCAUUCCACACCCACGCCCAUCCAAUUCCCCUCUCCUCGGCCUCGCCUCUCCUCUCCUCGCAUCGGCCUCCCGGCCGCCGCCGACGACGCCCGGACCUCCCGGCCGGCAGCAAACCAACCAGCCACCGCGUGCGUGUUUGACAUACCAUGGCGCAGCGCGAUCACAAGCAGGAGGAGCCCACGGAGCUGCGGGCGCCGGAGAUCACGCUCUGCGCCAACAGCUGCGGCUUCCCCGGCAACCCGGCCACGCACAACCUCUGCCAGAACUGCUUCUUGGCCGGACCGGCCUCCACGUCGCCGUCUUCUUCCUCCUCCUCUUCUCUACCGGGCGUGUCCGUGUCGACCCCCGUCGUCGACAGGCCGAGGCCGGCGCCGGUGGAGGUCGAGCUCGCCGUUGACCUUGCUCCGGCGAGGACGUCGGUGAACCGGUGCUCCAGCUGCCGGAAGCGCGUGGGGCUGACGGGGUUCCGGUGCCGGUGCGGCGACAUGUUCUGCGGCGAGCACCGGUACUCGGACCGGCACGGGUGCAGCUACGACUACAAGGCCGCCGCCCGGGACGCCAUCGCCCGGGACAACCCCGUGGUGCGCGCCGCCAAGAUCGUCAGGUUCUGAAACCAAGGGAAAAGGAUCCAGAAUUCCAGCCGAGGCAAAGGAAAAGAAUCAUCUCAUCUCAACGAAACCCAAGCCGUGGGCCGCCGUGCGCUAGUAUUAUGCUGUUGUUCUCAUCUCCGGAGUGUUUCCCUUUUUAAUUAAAAAAAUCUUUAUUUAUUGGAAAAAAAAUGGGACGUAAGGAUGUGGAUGGAAAGGAAAGGAAAGAAUAGCGUGUGUGAUGAUGUAAUAUCAACGGGUGGUUGAGGCGGAGGAGCAAGGAAUGAAAUGGAUUGGAUGUGUAUGUGUAUGUGUACGUGUAUGUGUACGUCUAUGCUCCACAUUAUUUAAUCUAGUAGCCAAUUCUUUGCGCAGAA